AUGCCCACAACGACGCGCACAAUAUUCUGGCCCGUCGAUCUACCUCGCGACGUCUCUGACGGAUUUUGUUAUGGUUGGUCGGCUGCGACCAAGGUUUGUGUUGCGGGUGUCUUGGACGUUGACACCGAGGACGACGCUCGAGACGUUGUGAGCAGUCUCGACGGAGUUCUGGUCGAGAGUUGUGGUAGCCAAGUCGUCGUCUUGGGAAAGAGCGCAGAGCUGCUGGGCAACACCAUCUUUUAUCAUCGCCACCGUUCAGAUUCCCUCCGUUUCUACCACUUGCACCCCGAUGACCACGAGGAACACAAUCCCUCCCCAUACCUUGCUCUAUCCCAGCACGAUUUCACUCACCGACCCCUACGUCGUAACGACGGAUUGGAUGACACCUCCAUCAACCAAUUCAAUUCUGCAAUGCUUAUCGAAUCACUCAUCUCACCACGCUCGUCCAAGAAACUCGUUCCAAGGACAGCAUCCAUCCUCUUUGUCGUUGCGUCCAUCCUAGCACGGCCCAUGCUCCUCCUGAUGCGAUGCAUCGCACCUAUCCGAGCGGUCUAUCUGCCCUCUUUUCUCCGAGCCUCUGCCCUCGUGCAACAGCUGGAUGUCCGCGCUGAGCAAGCCCAGUUCUUCGUCUCCCAGAUUGGGUCACUUCAGCGGCGGGACACAAUAGAUAUUGCCUCGUAUGCCUCAAGAUAUACCAACUUCUUCAACACCGUGUGGCUCGUCCUCAACGACGUCACCAUCGGUAUUGCUUUGGGAACCUUUCUAUCAGAGAACCACCAUGCCCUCGCACAUAUUAUAAACACCUACGCUGAGCGUUUCCUCGUCGAAGAAAUCAAAUGGUCUCUGAUUUGGCUGGACUCCUGGCCCGCAGGUCUGAAACUGAACACAGAGCUCAGCAGAUUCUACUCUCACACGUUUAUCGGGCUUGUCGAUAUUUUUGCACACCUGCUAACAAACCACAUACAACCACAUACGCCCGUCUUGAUUACCAUCCUCGGAUACGCAAGCAUCUUUGGCGGUAUAACGCUGGCCAUCUCACUCCUCAUGGACGUCCUGGCGGUACUUUUGACCCCGCACAUUUUCAUAUGUUAUUUCCUUGCGCGAGCCGUGUAUGCGCGUGUUGGAGGUACAUUGGGGAGUUUAUGGGCCCUGUUUAGGGGAAAGCGCUAUAAUGUCCUCCGCAAUCGCAUGGAUUCUUGGGAAUACGACCUUGACCAAUUGCUGUUUGGUACCGUGCUAUUCACGCUGCUGGCGUUUUUAUUCCCGACGGUGUUGGUCUAUUACGCGCUCUUUGCUGUACUGCGACUGAUCACACUGCUCAUUCAAGCAAGUAUGGAAACCCUGUUGGCGUUUAUGAACCAUUUCCCAUUGUUUGCGCUUAUGCUUAGGAUGAAGGAUCCUUGGCGGCUUCCUGGUGGAGUGUACUUUUUAUUUGUCCCUUCUACACAAAGGGGAUCACCAUCACGGCUUAUUCUUAAGAACCAGCCUGCACGCCUAUCAUCCAUUUUCUUUCAAUACAUCAAAUUGUGGGCUCGGCUUGCACGCCAUUAUAACCCACUCCGAUUAUUAUACAGUGUCCUGAGUGGCAGGUAUUUGGCGGCCAUCCCAAGAUAUGAGAUUCGGUAUGGUUAUGGUGGGAGAGGUAGAGUGUUUGUAAAAGCAGCCAACCUUGGAUAG